AUUGCAGGAACAGAGGCCAUCGCUGCAGGACACUGACAGCAGCAGGAGGAGGACUGAGUUGCUUCUAGCUGUACUUUAGUGCCGCAAUAACUCAUCUUUUGUUACAGUUUUGGAUAGUGAUAAAAAUUGUCAUGCUUCUGGGUGAACAGUUUUAUUUAAGGUCCAGAAAUGAAGAGAAAUAACCUGUCAUCCUUUUAUGUCUCUCUCUGGUUGCUGUUCACAGCCACGAUGCUUCAAGCUGUAGAAUCAGCCAAAGGGAAAUAUGCUCAGAUGCUGUUCAAUGAACUGUUUGAAGACUAUUCAAAUGCUCUAAGACCAGUGGAAGACACGGAUAAAGUGCUGAACGUUACCCUUCAGAUAACAUUGUCCCAAAUUAAAGAUAUGGAUGAAAGGAACCAAAUUUUGACAGCUUACUUAUGGAUUCGACAAAGCUGGUAUGAUGCAUACCUCAAAUGGGAUAAGGAUAAAUAUGAUGGAUUGGAUUCUAUCAGAAUUCCAAGCAAUUUGGUCUGGAGGCCAGAUAUUGUCCUCUAUAACAAGGCUGAUGAUGACUUUUCAGAACCUGUGAAUACUAAUGUUGUGUUGAGAUAUGAUGGAAAAAUCACUUGGGAUGCACCUGCUAUCACAAAAAGCUCGUGUGUAGUGGAUGUAUCUUAUUUUCCUUUUGACAGCCAGCAGUGCAACCUUACGUUUGGUUCCUGGACCUAUAAUGGUAAUCAGGUAGACAUCAUCAAUUCUCUCGAUAGUGGUGACCUUUCUGACUUUGUAGAAGACGUGGAAUGGGAGAUUCAUGGUAUGCCGGCGGUUAAGAAUGUAAUCACUUACGGCUGCUGCUCUGAGCCUUAUCCAGAUGUAACGUUCACGCUGAUUUUGAAAAGGAAGUCAUCUUUCUACAUAUUUAAUCUUCUGCUUCCUUGCAUUUUGAUCUCUUUCCUCGCUCCACUGGGAUUUUAUCUCCCCGCAGACUCUGGAGAAAAAGUGUCUCUAGGUGUUACAGUUCUUCUUGCUCUGACUGUGUUCCAGCUGAUGGUUGCAGAGAUUAUGCCUCCCUCUGAAAACGUACCUCUGAUAGGCAAGUAUUACAUAGCAACUAUGACCAUGAUCACAGCCUCCACUGCGCUGACAAUCAUUAUAAUGAACGUCCAUCACUGUGGCUCAGAAGCAAAGCCUGUCCCACAGUGGGCCAGAGUGGUAAUCUUGGACUAUAUGUCAAAAAUUUUUUUUGUUUAUGAUGUGGGUGAAAACUGUACAAGUCCACGAAGAGAGAAGGAACAAGAACACAGGUUAGAGGGCGGUGACAUGUGUCGGGGGGGAGACGGAAAGAGCCACCUUUCCAGUAGAAAUGAUGACAGUGAUCUCAAAGAAAAUCUCAAUGGAAAUUGGAAUAAAAGCUUUGGAGUUCAUGGUGAAAAUGUUAGGGAGAAUGUUAAUUGCUGUUCCUGUUACAAAAUGCUGAUUAAAAAUAUUGAGUAUAUUGCGAAUUGUGUUCGAGACCAUAAAGCAAACCGGGCCAAAGGAAUUGAGUGGAAAAAGGUGGCAAAGGUGAUGGACAGGUUUUUCAUGUGGAUUUUUUUUAUCAUGGUGUUUUUUAUGAGCGUGCUUAUCAUUGGGAAAGCAGCUUAGCUGCAGAUGAACAUGUUGUGUAGAUAUGAAUAUACUGAGUUAGCUCCUUUCAGUGGAGCUGUGGGAUAGGUGUGCUUCUGAGGUCUUUGUGUCGUCUCUUCUGUAACAAUAAACUAUUUCAGUAGGCUGCAAAGCAUGUUGAGGCACUGCUCAACUGAGGGCUUUACUAGUGACUUCAUUGCUAUUAAUAAGGGAGUGCAGCCCAGAUGAGGCUGCUGGAUAAGCAGUCUGUGCUCCGUCUUGAUGAAUGGUGGCCAUGACUGCAGGCUGAUGAGGUGGAGCAUUGCAGUAAAGGAGCAGACAGCCUAUCAGAGUGCACUGUAUUCAGAGGGCUGCAUCUCUGCACCUUGAAACUUCGCUGACCUUUUCUCUCUGCCAGAACAAAGUUGGGAUAUUUGCAAGAUCAUAGCAAUUCCUGGAACUUAUCCCUGUUUGGCACUGCCUUAUUCUUUUUUUCACCCUUAUCUAGCUUAUUUUCCUAGCUUAGCUUUUUCACUCUCUUUAAUGGCUUUUUUCUGGUCACUGCUCAUAUCAGUUCAUAGCUCCACUUGUCUCUCUGCUCUUUGGUGUGUCUUUUGCUUCUGAUACCAUUGGGUUUACCAAAUAUGAUGGUUACUUUGGUCUUCCUUCUAAUCAUUUUCUGCUGCUAAAUAUUUGUCCUGACAGGUGCAGUAAGCCAGAUUGCCAGGACUUCUUCUACAGCAGGUCAUGGGGCCUCUCUUCCAUUCCCUUCUUCCUGAGUCGAAUAGUAAGAAGGGCUUCUUCUGUCCUCCCUGGAUAUUUCAUGCCCUGGACAUUUGGGCAAGAUGGGUUUUUAAAUGUUAGUUAUGAGGCUGCUAAAACAGGCUGUGACUGUUUUGUCUCUGGUCAUUUUACUGACCUUCACCAAUGCUCACUCCAUCCGCUUAUCCAAUUUUACAUCCUCUAUAAUACUUAAAUCAUAAGCUGUCUAGAGGAAUGGCAGGGUUGCUUUGUGCAUUACUUAGCACAAAAGCACGAUCUUACAGCACAGUGUCACAGCAGUAGUGCCAUAAUCAACUCCUUGUUAAGCACCUUAGUACUUAGGUGUACGUGAAUGUGUUUGUUGCUGACAACACCAAAAGCCCUCUGUGUUAAUUUAUGUUAACCCUCUCAGGCUAACGGAGUUCUGGAAGAUGUCUCGUGGUAAAGUGAGAAGCUUAAUACCCUAGGCUUGCCCUCAGCAAAUAAAUUGCUUUUACAAAGCACCCUGAACUUUGAAACCAUGAUAUUCUAGAUGCAGUAGGAGGGGCAGAAGGACUCUGUAAUGGAUCCCAGUCAAAAGUUCAUGUGAUAAAAUGAGUUUUCGUAAUUGUUGCAAUUAAUAGGAGCACACCUGUGAAGCUGUAACUUAAGAGUGAGGAGUCAAAGUGGCGAAGCAAUGCAGUUGUCAUGCCCAAAUUUACUGGAAGAAAGGGAUUUGUAAUUAUUAUUGUUAUUAUGUAAACAAUGCAUUGAAUUCUUAAUGCUGGGUUUUCUCUUCUGUGGAAUAAUUAAUGCUGUAAGUUUAUCUGGAAUCUCAUACAUAAUGCAAGCUUUAAAGUCCAGGUUCUAAUGUAAAGAUAAACUGAGUGGGUAGCCAAGAAUAAACUCAGUAUGUG